AUGACACCAUCUAAACUGCAAGAUGAUCUGAGAAGAUGCCACCCUGAUAAAACAGAGAAAGAUUUGAAAUACUUUCAAACACUCAAAGAUAAAUUUCAGAAGAGACCUACACUGGACAGAAUGUUCGCUUCGACGUCACAAAGAAAUGAUGAUGGUUUGCGGGCGUCUUACAAUAUCUCGUUACUUAUAGCAAAAUUCGGAAAACCGCAUACUAUCGGAGAGAAGUUAAUUUUGCCGUUGAAGAGGUUUUAA